AUAAACUGGGACAGUCUCACUGCUGAGACAGAAAGCAAGACAAGCAACACCAAGAAGACAACAGACACCUGAACAGUGUUUCAUCUCACAAGAAGAGGACUCAACACUAAACCCACUGAAGAUGCUGUGCUCUCAUGGAGUCCAGUCUGCACUCAGUCCAUUCAUGGACUUCUACUGGCCUGUGCGCAGUCUGUGGCCAGAGAUCAAGCCUCUGUUCUACCAGCAGGAUCUCCUGCAGAGAAACCUACAGGAGCUGUGCAGCAGUCUGGAGCUGAUGGAUAAACUUCAACACAGGAUCCUGGAGGAGACAGAUCCUUUCCAAAGCAGCAUGGCUGUGCAGCCAGUUGCCGUCCAGCUGGAGAAAGAGGGAGACAAGUUUGCUCUGAUGCUGGACACUCGAGGCUUUUCCCCAGAGGAUCUGUCUGUCAGGCAAGUGGGCAGGAAGCUGAGAGUCAGUGGCAAGACAAAGAAGAAGCAGGAGGAUGGGAAAGGCUCGUACUCUUACAGACUGCAGGAGUUCAGACAGGAGUUUGAUCUGCCUGAAGGACUGAACCCUCAAACCAUCACGUGCCACCUGUCUCCAGAUGGGAAGCUCCACAUCCAGGCAGCCAAAGCUCCGUGUGUUGAAGAGGCUGAGAGAGAGCUGACUAUCAAGAGGAGCUCAGAGGACAAAGCACAGCAGAGUGUGUGUUCACAGGCAGAAGACAGCAGGACAGAGACACACAGCAGCACACAGGACAAACCUGAAAACAUGGACUGAUUGUUGUUUAUACCAGUGUCAAAUGAAACAUUUUAAUGUAAUUUUUUUUCAAAAUAUGAAUCCACUUUCUCUUUUAACUGCUUUUAUUAAAUGUAUUACCAUGGGGUAACCAAGGUAAACCAUGGUUUACUCUUUUGUUCAUAAUAAUGCUUCAAAAAUAAAAUAAAAUUUUUACUCACAUAAUUAUUUUAUA